AGAAUGGUAAGGUCACUUACCGAAGCCGUAAUGGAAGCGAUGAGGUCCAAGAUUGUGAGUCGUCUCUCGAGUCUUCGCGCGUCGUUACAGACCUAGCUUACACAAAGUAGUUGUUCGAGAGACCGGACUUUAUCCCGGCGGAAGUUUCGGCAACGACCCAUGCAAGUCAAUCUUCGGUGCCUUCGAAGUGACAUUUCGAGACAAGAGCGGCAACAAGGGCGAUAGCGAUAAGAACAGUGUAGCCAUAGCGCAUAUCAAGAACUUCCCCGGCCUCGCACGCAACUCGACGAACUUUGGACCGAUGGUGAAUCUGGUAAUAACAACCGACGGAGGCAACGCGUUGCAGCAGAUUGAUCCAGUCACGCUGGAGCCGAUCGAGCUUUUCAUAUACGACGGCCCCAAUUUCUCGAACCCAGGAUCGACGUUCACGUCUGCGCAUCCAGGCAUUGGGCCGAACCAUGAAGUCUACAAUUACAUCUUGGAUUUCCAAGCAGAUCCUCCUAUUUAUCAGGUCUUUGCCAUCGAAGCCGAUGGCCGAGGUCGUGUGCUAGCCAACAUAACCGAUGCGCCUCCGGCAUACAUUCAUUCCGUGUCCAGUACUGAGAAUUACGUGAUCCAAAUAAUCUGGCAAUCGGACCUUGGGCCUCCCCCAGAGGAGGGUGCACCUCUCCUCGAUUUUAUCCAGCCUUGGGAUCCUGAGCGACGUACUCUCUUUUAUGUGAUUGACAAGAAGAACGGUGGUAUCGUUGCAGAGUACACUGCACCGGCCUUCUUCGCGUUCCACGAGGUGAACUCUUUCGAAGACGGAGAAGAUAUCGUGAUAGACCUCGCCGUCUUUCCCGACAAUUCCUGGCUCGAGAAUGCUCGGCUCGUGCACCUUCGCAAAGUCGGCCCAAACAAUCCAAACAUCGAUAUCGACUUGGCCGCCAGAUUCCGCCGGUUCCGACUAGGGAACUUUCGCGACGCUCGGGAAGGCGACGAUCUCGAAGCAAAGAUCGAGCUUGAGAUCCCAUAUGAUAUCGGAAACAUUGAACUCCCACGCAUCAACGACAAUUACCACCAUAAACCAUAUCGAUAUGCUUAUGGCGUGCAUACCGUGAAGCGUGGCUUCUUCGUCGACUCCAUAGUCAAGAUUGACAUCGAGACGCAGACUACGACCCUUUGGGUUCCAGAAACCAAUCAUCUUCCCUCCGAGCCGAUCUUCGUGCCUCGCCCGGGAUGCGACGAUGAGGAUGACGGUGUCUUGUUGUCAGUAGCAAUGAACUCGGCGACCAGCCGCAGCAAUUUGGUCGUCAUUGAUGCAAAGUCCAUGAAAGAGCUUGGAAGAGCAAAGAUGCCUAUCGCAAUGGGAUAUGGCUUCCAUGGACUUUGGGGAGCCUGAAGGAACUCUCAUCUUGUGUUGGACGUCAUCUCGCGAGAGGUCCUAUCUCUCGGACCAUCAGUCUGUGUUAAUCACUUUGUAUGUGCCCUGUAAUUUGAAAUCGAUCUGAAAGGUAGAUAAGCCGUGCCUUUCCAUAGAGUGAUUUGCCCGUCUAUGUUCGCCCAAGUGUACAGGUCUAGUCCCGGCUUAUUGCUACUGGGGAUGCAUCAGUGACCCUGGGAAAGACCCUGAGGAUCACAGAUAGCCGUUGGCACGUGAGGACGCAGCGGCUACUCCGAGCCCCUUUGUAGGGUUUUAUGGCCAUACCAACGGCUACCAGCACGCGUGCUGUGAUGGGA